AAUUCGUGCGCGCCGGAGCGAGGCGGAGGAGGGAGGAAACGGAGAAAGUGUGUGUGUGAGAGAGAGAGAGAGUGUGUGUGUGUGUGUGUGUGUGUGUGUGUUUCGGUAAGUGAGGCGGCGGAGGAAAUUCAGCGACACUUCCACUGUUUUCUUUUCUCCUCCCUGAAGCGCUAACGCUGACUCCCACUCCCUCUCCGCGGAGGACAGCAGGGCAGUAGCGCACCUGGACGGAAUAUUAUAUUAUAUAUAAAUAUAUAUAUAUAUAUAUAUAUAUAUUUUAGCAGUAGGUAGGUCGCCUCAUGUGUCUGAACUAGACUAACUCUUGCUGAAGAGCGUCAGAAAGCAGAAAUGGGGCCGUUUGGAGCGCUGCUGUGGAUUUCACAUUAUGUGGGACUUUUCCUUCAACUAAGCGCCGCUUCUCAGGCGAGUGGAGACGCCGAGGUGGACAACCACUUAUCAGGCAACGCCCUUUUCACAGAGGUUCCUCAUGACAUAAUCACUCAAAGUGGUCGAGAUGUGGAGAUGGCGUGCUCCUUCAGGGGGGCUGGCUCUUCCUCCGUGUCCUUGGAGAUCCAGUGGUGGUACCUUCGGCAGCACAGGGAAUGGACUGAGAAACCAGCCUGGACAACCAAUCAGGUUGCUCCUGUUGAAGAGAUGACAAGGGACGCCACUAAAAUAAGCGUGGUGAAAGUGGCUGGCAGCAACAUCUCUCACAGGCUUCGUCUGUCCAGUGUUAAACCUACAGAUGAAGGCACUUACGAAUGUAGAGUCAUCGACUUCAGUGACAGCCACGCCCAGCACCACAGAGUCCGUGCCUACCUGCAAGUACAGCCUACAGGCCCCAAUGUGCAGCUCCACAAUGAGGACCAGCAGCUGCACAGCGACGGCCAGCUCCAGAGUGAGGAGCAGAAUCUCCUCCAAGGCAGCCAUCCCCUGCAGAAGGGCCACAGUCAGAUCACAGAUAGAGAAAUGCAGAAGAAAGCAGAUCAAGAUCUUCAACAUGGAGACCAUAAGCUUCAUCACCAAGUACAUCACAAGAGCCAUGGCAGUGAUUCAGCCAACAAAAGUGAAAAGAUGGAUUCACCCCCUGCUCUGCAUCAUGAUGAACAUCACCGGCAGGACCAGGACCAUCAACAUCAUUUUCAUGAGGGGGGCCACCAUCAAGCACUAGAGCGAGAGGGCCACCAACAGAUGAGCAAACAUACACAAGCAAGCAAGAAGAGUCAACCCAAAAGCCACCAAUCAGAGGUCAGAGCCCACAAGGGACAUGCUAGAGAGAAUUCCAAUGACUGCUCAACUGAUGACUGUGUUCUCUAGAGAACGAGGAGGAAAGGUCCCAGUGAGAAAAAAAGACAGAAGACGAUAGAAGGAACAUCUAAGGCAGAAUGUGAAUGGAGUGCAUGUGAAAACAUCUUCAUAAGAAUGUUCAUUAAUCUCAAGGAGAAGUAGACAAACUUGAGCAGUGUGCGCUACAUGUUACUAGGUGAUAUUUCCAUUUAUUUACUCUGCCAUGCUUUUGCUCCUCAGUACACGUCUUUCAGACACGCCUACUUUUCAUAUGUUGGCCUUGGCGAUCUGUCCAAAGACUGGGUUUGGCUAGUGGGCAUCUUUUUGCUGUACCUCUCUGCUUUCUCUGAAAUCUUCGAAUGCUCUUUGUGUAUGCAAGUGCACAGAUGCACUUGUGUGUGUGUGCGCGUGUGCGUGCUCAUGUGUGUGUGUUCAGGUGGGUAAAUCUGUGUACUCUGUACAGUAAUUUUUUUGGAAUAAUAAGUCUGUAUGCUUUGAAAUACAACCAAAAUUCAAAUCAGCUUUUGCAUAAUGGUUCACCAAAAAGAACUGCAGCAUAGCAGUGUUUUGAUGUUUUCUGCUUUCAUAUUGUAGGUAAGUAUAUACAGUAUAUAUGUAUAUUAAAUGCUGUGUCUCUCUUGACUUUACUUUGUUCUGCUUUGAUGUUUUGUAUCAACUUUAAAGGACAAAUUCUGUACAUUUCUAAAUACCUUCUCAUGUGUUGCGUGGGUGGAGAAAUUCCCCUCUGCAAUAUUAAACUGAAUCAUGUUAACAUACAAA